ACCACGUGGUGAAAUAGGAAAAUCGAUUUCGUUACUGGAGUAUCCGCAGUAUUUGAAAUUAAUAUUAUCGGAUAGUAAAAAGAGGAUAUAAGUAAAAAGAAGAUUUUUCAUAAGUUUAAAACUGGAAAACACUCCACGUUGAAAUUAAAUCGAUGUUGUUUCCAUCGAGUUAGUGGACUUGCACCCUCAAUCUCUCUUUGAGGUUAUAUGAGAUUAGAUUGAAAUUACGAUUCAGUCAAAGAUGAAACGAUCAGCAGAGAGUUUGGACGCUGAUGACCUGAAAGCAGAAAGUAAUGUUGAUGCAGGAAAUAAUAAAAAGAGAAAGAAAGUGACAUUUGAAAAAUCUGUGGAUAAUAAAUUUACAGAUAAAAAUGUAAAACUGUCUUUAACAAAGAAGAACUCAAAAGGAAAGAAUACAAAAGUAGCAAAAGUAGGGAAGAAUAAUGCAAUUGAGAAGAUAAAGUUGCUCAAACUGAAAAGGGAAAGAAAACAGCUUGGACAGAAAUCUGAAGACCAGAAGAAUAUAAAAAAAGAAAAUCUGGAAAAAUUGGAGAAAAAUACUACGACCACCAAGAAAACCGAUUGGCUUCAACUGAAGAAGGAGAAAAAGGAACUUAGAGAGAAACGGAAAGCUAAGAGAUUAAAUAAUGAUGCAAUAUAUGACAAAAUCAUUCGGGCUAAGCAGAUCAAUGAGAAGUUACGUAGAUCUGAUUGCAAGUCUGUCGAUCGUGUAACGUUAACUCAGACGUUGCACAAUAUGCUAAAAAACCAUUACAACAAAGUGAUAUUUACACACGAUAUGUCCAGAGUGGUUCAGUGUAUGAUAAAAAAUUGCGAGGCACAUGUUCUGCAAGCUAUAUCUCAAGAGAUAAAGCCAUUCAUCGUAGAGAUGUUACAGUCUAAAUACGCGAAAAAUUGCGUAAAAGCUAUUUUAAAGCAUGGCUCGCAAGAAAUCAGGCGUGGAAUUAUUUCUGGAUUUUACGGCAAUAUUGUCAAGUUAAUGAGUCACAGUGUAUCGGCUUCUUUUGUAGAACUCACGUACUCUACUUGGUGUACAAGUCUCGAGAAGAUACAUUUUAAACAAGAAUUUUAUGGGGACAUGUAUAAACUGGAAAAAGACAAGGAAGUUAAAUCAUUGUCGGAUGUAUUUAAAACUGCAACAGAUAUGAAACUGGCUACACUAUCUGCCGUAAAAGCAAAUCUAAUUAGAAUUUUAAACAAAGGUUUUGUUAAUUCUACUCUGCUGCAAACGAUUCUAUGGGAAUUCCUCUGCGUAUGUUCGGUGGAAGAUAGAAGCGAGUUAAUAGUUAUGCUGCGAUCUUACAUCAUAACUCUGUCCCAAACAAAAAUGGGUGCGAAAGUUGCUAUGCAAUGUAUAUGGCAUAGUACCAGCAAAGAUAGGAAAAUUAUUAUGAAAGCCCUCAAGGGAAACGUAAAGGCGAUUUGUAUAUCCAAAUACGGUCACGUGACGUUAUUGGCGCUCUUUGACUCUGUAGAUGACACCGUUCUUGUGCAGAAGAUAAUAUUGUCCGAAUUACAAGAGGAUCUAGUUAACAUUGCGCUGAAUGAGUAUGGGAAACAUGUCAUAUUAUAUCUCGUGGCCAGAAGAAAACCUCUUUAUUUUUCGCCAGCUGUAGUAGAAUAUUUACGUCAAGGUGAUAAUAAUUCCGCUAGUAAGAAGUCAGCCGAUAUUAGGGAAAAGGAACUCCUCGAAGCAAUCUGCGGCCCGCUUUUUGACGCUAUAAUCGCAAAUACAGCAAUAUGGUUAUCCAACAGUAGCAUAGCUAUGACUACUCUGGCGAUAUUGAAAGUGGGAUUGGGAGAGAAAUUGAAUUUUGCGUUUGAAUCGAUUGCUAAGUUUAUUAGCAGUACAGAUUCAAAAAUCAAGGACAAUGAUAACGAGUAUGAUAUGGUUGAACAUCCUGGAUUACACACAAUGUUGAAGAAACUUAUUCAGUAUGACAAAGAAUUGCUGAAAAAGAACGAAUCUACAUUUGGAGAAAUAUUAAUAUCACACCUAACGCCAAAAGUGCUAGAAAAGUGGAUAGAAUUUAAUAGAGCUUGUUUCUUAUUAAUUCUUCUCAUAGAGAAUGAAAUUGCUAUAAAUACAUUACUAGUUAAAUUAAAACCUUUUACAGAAAAUCUCAAGAACAAACGCAGCGUUGGAGCAUCGAUAUUGUUAAAAAAAAUUGACGAAAAAUAAAUGUAAGUAGAUAUGAUAUUUGAAAGUAAUGUAUAUUAUUCAUAAUCCUUUUUUAAUGUAGACUGUUCCGUUUUUACUGGAAAUGAUUAUA